AUGUCGGGACACCGCUCCCACCUUAAACAAAAGAACAAACCACAUAAAUCAGGACAUUCGGCGAAGCAGCAAUACAAAGUAAUUAGCAAGAAUCUUCCAGGCGCCAAAGUUGUCGAUCCAAAAGGACAAAAAGAUCGUAGAAUGCAAACAAACGACGCAAAGCGCCAGGCCAAGAUUGACCAAGCCGCUCUCAUCAAGACAAUCGGUACUAAAAACGGACCACCAAAAAUUUUUGGUGUUUUGAAAUGCAGUGAAAGCGCAGAUCCAGAAUAUUUCAUCAACCAGUUACACUUUGAGCCAGAAGUUGAAGGAUUUGUAUAUCCAUCUGGUACAAUUUCAUCUGGAAAUUUCUCUCAUCGUGUUAUUCCUUUAGCCAUGAACAAUUCAUUAGAAUCGCUUCUUGAUAUGGGCUCCGUUGUAGACGUAGUCGUUCUUCUCUUCGAAAGCGGAGAACCACUUAGUAAUGAUGGUCAAAACGCCAUAACCAUCCUUAAAGGACUUGGUUUACCAACAUGCAUGGCAGUAAUUUUCUCUUCCAACGGUGCUGAGAUCAAGCAAAGCUUAAUUCCUGAAUAUCGUCGCUACAUCCAAAAAGAUCUUCCAGAUCUUGACAGAAUCAUCCCAGUUUAUAACGAAGCCGGCAUCGGACAGUUCAUCCGCUUCCUCAGUGUCGCUUCUCCACGCAAUAUCUCAUGGAAAGAGAACAGACCAACAAUGUUGAUUCAAAAUUACAUUGUUAACGCACCAGCCAAGCAAGUUACUAUUCAGGGAUAUCUUAGAAACGCUCCACUCAGCAUUAACCAAAUCAUUACAAUUCCAAAUGUCGGAGAUUUCCAAUUCCACAGCGUCAACGAUAAAAUACCAGCAACAAACCUUCGCCACGAGAUUAUUUACGAGAAUGAUGCCGAAGCCGACGUCAUUAAUGACGAAAUCCGUCCUCCACAGACAAUUAAUGUUCCAGAUCCAGUUGAACCAUUACAUAUGUCCGAUGCCCGACCAAACCUCGAAGAAGAAGAGGACAUGGGCGAAGAGGACUUCCAAGAAAAUUACCAAGAAGACUAUCCUCUCGAAAAUGAAGAAGAUGAUAACGUCGAUAUUACAGUUUGGGAACGUAAAGAGGACGAACUUGAAUUCCCCAACGAAUUCGAGUACGACAACACCGUAAACCUUCGUCAGAGGCUCAUCAAAUACCGUUCAUUAAAAUCAUUUGUCAGAUCUCCAUGGAAUCCGAACGAAAACCUUCCACCACAAUACUCCAAGAUCUUCGAGUUCCCAGCAUUCGUUCGUACCUCCGAAACAGCCAUUGCCGAACAAGCUGAAGGCGAGAUCUUACCAGGGACACAAGUUUCAGCCGUUCUCAAUACAGAAGAGGACACAGAGAUUUUCCAGCGCAUUCCUGUCGGCAGAGUCAUGACAAUGUACGGUCUUUUCAGGCACGAAACGAGAUUCACUGUUCUUAACUGCACAAUCAACAACACUACCGAGAUUCCUCUUGAAUCAAAGAAGGACGAGUUGUUGAUGGUUUGUGGAUUCAGACAUCUUUGGAUCCGUCCAAUUUACAGUGAAGACACAAGAUGCGACAAGCACAGAUACAUGAAGUACAUCAAGAAAGGAGAUGCAGCAAUUGCAACAUUCAUUGCUCCAGCAGUUAUGCAGACAGCUCCUAUUUUGUACUUCAGAAACACUCCAGAAGGAAUCGAGUACACAGGAAAUGGAUCAAUUAAAACAGUUGAUCCAAGUAGAAUGGUAAUAAGAGAGAGAAUUCUCACAGGAAAUCCAUACAGAGCGAAUGGAAAGACUGCAAGAGUUUCAAUGAUGUUCUUCAACAAAGAAGAUGUCGAAUGGUUCAGAACUGUUCCUCUUAGAACAAAGAAUAAACAGAAUGGUCACAUCACUGCAACAGUCGGAACUAAAGGAAAGUUCAAAGCAAUCUUUAAUGAAAUUGUUGACCAGGCUGAUACAGUGUAUAUGUCUUUGUAUAAGAGAGUCUUCCCACCGCUUUGCGACGGAAGUGAUGGAAAGCCUCCGGCUCCUUGCCCUGCUAGAUUCUAA